UCAACCCUGUAAAAUAUCUUGCUCAAACUUCUACCGACAUAACACUUUAUAUAUCUUCACUACCCAUUCUACUCCUCUGUAUUACUUUUGUUUCUGUCUCAGUAACUCACUUAGAAGAACCCUUUCAGAAAAAGAAAAACUCACUAAGAAGAAGAUAUGGGGGAGGCAUUGUAUACCGUUGUUUCUCAAGUUCGUACAGUUGCUGGGCCUUUUUUGACAUUGCUUUAUCCCUUGUAUGCAUCUAUUGAAGCCAUGGAGAGCAUAACAAAACAUGAUAAUGAACAGUGGCUUGCUUAUUGGAUUAUAUACUCCUUCCUUGCCCUUAUUGAAAUCAUCAUCCAACCAGCUCUAGAGACGGUGUCUAUUUGGUAUGAUGUGAAGCUGGUGUUUGUGGGUUGGUUGGUUCUUCCCCAGUUCAAAGGGGCAGCUGUGAUGUAUCAGAAAUUUGUGAGAGAGCAAAUCAAGAAGUAUAAUAGCAAACAUGGUCAUACCGCAUUCAAGGGGAAGAACAAGUUUAUGGAUUUCAUGCACGACAAGAAAGAAGAGGCUCAGGAGUAUUAUGAUUAAAGAACCCAAAAAUGAAUGCAUAUAUAUAUGGAUUGGCUUCUUAAGAUCUUGUCUUUCAAAACUAUUCCAUCCACUACUGUUGUUUUUAAUUUUCAAUUUCGUUUUUAGAUCUCUUUAACGUAGCUUGUGGAACUUACUCGCCUUGUAAGGCUGUUGUGUCCCUUAAUCUCAGCUGGAUUCUUUUGAGUCAUCCACAUUAUAUGUAAAAAAGGGUACAAGUAAUAAUCUUAUUUUGUUGUAAAAUAUAUAUCUUAUGUAAAUGGGAGCUUGAUGUGUUCAGCUUCUAUAAUUUUAGUUUGAUCGUAUUCCGACAAAGGGUGUCUGUAUUUCUAUUUCCAAGUCUUGGAAGUUUAUAGACUAGGCAGAUUUCGAAACGAAGUCCAUUUGAAGGGGCUUCGUUGGAAAUGGUGUGGGCCUUUGACUACUUACUUGCUAUUAGCAUGUUAUGAAUUAAAAUCACAGAGUUCAAUCA